AGGUUUCAAUUAACUAUGGGAAGUCCAGAAGAUCAUGACGGGGGUGAGAGCGUAGAUGGCGCCCGCGUUCAACGAGCGUGUGAUGCUUGUCGCUCGCGUAAAAUCCGUUGCGAUCGUGGCACGCCAUGCUCAAAUUGUCGAAGCAGCCGCCUGACUUGCGUUACUACUGCUUCGGCCCAGAAACCCCAGCGGCAGCGGGUACACAUCUCGGACGCAUACGAGAAGAAGAUUGACCGCAUCGAAGACCGCCUUGCCGGCAUAGAGCACGUAUUGGAAAAGCUCGCUACCAGGCUAAGCAAUGUUGACAUCUCCCAUGAUGUACUAGAACCUGCUUCUCAAGCAAAGUCCCGGAUCAGCAGCGGCCGGAGUGCUUCGGAAACCAACGCUGGCACCCCUGCCCCCUUUGAGGGCGAAACAACACUGAAUCGCCAGAGCGUGUUCGCACGUGAGCUCCUGGAACAGGCCGUUGGAAGCACCCCAUCAAUGGAACAAAAUGCUGAUAUCAAAGAUGCCUUGAGCUCCUUGCAAGAUAUGGUCACUAGACAAGGGCAUUAUACUAAUGCAAUUCCUGCCUCAUUUUCUCAGCCUUAUUUUAAUCGUAGUCUCGCUGAUAUAGAUGCGACUAAACUGGAAAUCCCGCCUUGGGAUGUUGCGAGCGAAGUGCUCGACAAAGGCUCGGUGUAUCCAACAAUGAGCUUCGCCAUCGUCUUUCCGUUCCUAUCCAUGAAGAACAUGAAAGCUGGGUUGAAAGAGACUUAUGACAAUCUAGGCGAAGCUUCGGUUGGCUCCAGAUUGCUGCUCUUCGGCGUGCUAUACAACCUGUUUCUCGAGUUUGCCUCUUACCCUGUCCUAGAACCACGAGUGCAAGGUUAUCGGAGAUAUGCGAUUACCUGCAGAACGCAGAUGGAAAUUGCCAUGAGCCAACUGGAUAUAUACUUGCCCCCAUCGUACGAUAACAUUCUUGCCCUGCUGAUUGGCUCAGCCUACGCUAUUGAAAUGUGCAAGCCCUCGCUAUGUUGGAUACUGAACAGCAAUGCUGCUCAAUUGUGUCAGGUACUGGGCUACCAUCGUAUCCAAACCAUGACCAAUGACACAGAAGAAGAGCGUAACGGCAAGAUCCACAUCUUCUGGUUCAUUUACCUCAUGGACAAAACUCUAUCUCUACGUCUCGGUCGCGCUUCUGUGAUCCAAGACUGGGACAUGAGCCUCCCUUACCCAGUAGUGGACCAUGACCACGAAAGAUUCAGCGCCCUCGUCCAGAUGGGCAACAAAGGCAACAGCAUGUUACUGUACUGGAUAAAAGUCGCCCAAAUCCAAGGAAAAACAUACGAAAAGCUCUUCAGCCCAGCAGCCUUUUGCAAAUCUCCUGAGGAGCGAGCGCAAACUGCAAAGGAGCUUGUGGAAGAGAUGAACCACAUCUGGGCUGAGCGCGGCGAGGCAAGUGUUUUCGAUCUAUUCUUCGUCGAGGGGUGGAAGUCGCCCGUGCAAGAGGAAGCUAUGCUUUCGCCCUUGGCAUACUUGGGACUGCCUCCUGACCCCAACAUGCUACGGUUGCCUUCAAGACGGGACCAUGCUGAUAAUGUGCGCUCGGCGUUGACGAAGCAUUCGGGUCCCGUGGGGAAAGAUGUCAAAGGCGCUUUCGCGGAUAUCGGAGAUAUAUUCUACCUCGCAGACGUAGUAGUACACUACUCCACCUGCGCGCUCAUCCAACGCGCCGUCAGCCCCGACAACGUCACCUUCAACCAAGAAUGCCUCCAGUCUGCGCGCGCAGCGCUGAUCGCGCAUCAGCGGUGUCACAAGCAGUUUAACAUCCAGGGAAAUGAGGAUCUCUGGUCCGGCUACGUCCACUGGUCAAUCCUCCAAGCCCCCUUCACACCCUUCAUAGUAAUCUUCUGCAACGCCGUCCUACACUGCGACCCAACCGACCUCUCCUCCCUCGCCGACUUCGUCCAAAGCCUAGAGUCGUGCCGCACCGUCUCGGAAGGCGCAGACAAGCUCUACAAAAUGUGCUACCUCUUCCUGCAAGUCGCCAAACUCUACGUCGACGCCAAAACCAAAGAGUCGGUGGCGUCCACACCGAGUAUGACGGCGGAGCGCAGAGCGAGAAACGCCAGUGCCGGCAGCGAGGCUGGGUUCGAAGCCGCGGGGACAGGUAUUUCGGGAGGAGGAGCCGCGGGAAUGAGACAGGGGGGUUCGAGUACGGCGACGACGUUGAAUGCUAUCGGGCAGUUCGAUCCGUAUCUCAGCGCUCUGGGGCUCAUGCCUAACCCCGCUUGGCCUAACAUGUCCACGUUCCCGUCUUUAAAUGACGACGGUGGUAUGACGCCUGAAAGCUCGUUUUCGCAGCCGCAUCAGCAGCAGCAGCAGCAGCAGCAGGGCUUUGAUGUAGGUGGGGUCGGGUUACAUGGGGGUACUGGUGGCGGCGGGGGUGGUGGGAAUGGGCUACAGGACUGGUAUUCGGGGAGUCGGUAUCUGAUGAAUCUUAUGGAGGAUGAUAUUCAGAUGCCUGAUUUGGGGUUUUGAGGGAAGGGGAAGGGGGGAUGGGCGUUAUGAGUGACGGACUGUCGUCUUCCUUCUAAAGUGUUUUUAUAUUCGGGGUUGUUUUGUUAACAUGUAGUUUGUAGUUUUUAAACUUUGUUCCCCUCUCUUCGACCUUUGAGGGUUUGAUAACAAUGGGAUAACGACGGUCGAUGAAACCCAAAAGGUUGCUGGAGAACGCCCUCCCUAUAUAACCCACCCACUCACCCAAGAGAAACCAAGAACAAAGUAAAAGAGAAAAAAUAAAGACGCUCAAAUACCCACGUCCCCAUCUAUCUCUCCUCACCCUCCCCUCAAAACCCCCCAAACCGCCCUCCCAACCAUCCCCACCCACAUAACCCCCAAACCCACCACAAAACCAACCCCCCAAAUCCAUCUAACAACCCUCGCAACCGUCUCCCACCCCAUUCCCUUGUGUCCACCCUUAUCCCCUCCCUCACCACUCUCCCCCUCGCCCUCCAAACUCCCCGCAACCAACCCCACCACAAAAAAAUGCCACACCCCCAACACCCCCAACCCAAUCCAAAACCCCGCUCCUCCUCCCCCUCCACUCCCCCAAAACACUUCCUCCCCAUCCCUCACCACGCCACCACCAAACACAGCCGAAGCAUGUCGACUCCCAAGGACAGUCCAGACCCGGAUAACAGGCUCCACGACGCCGUUUUGCAGAAUCGCGGUAGAGACGUAGAUUGUGAGCGCGAGAACGGCGAUUGUCAAUAACUGCGCGAGACCGCGC